CUGUCUUGCCAUUCGCCAGCCUGCUCUUUGGUUUGAGCUCAUCGAGCACCACAACGGCGGCCAUGUAUCGUGCCAUAGCCGUCUCUAGACAUGUACCAGCGACGGUUGGACGGGGCCUUGUACGGACUUCUCGCAGGCAACUAGCCUCCACUACCUCCACUGCCAAUUCCUCAUCUGGUUCCGAGCCCGCAAAAAUCAUUCGCAGGAUUUUGUUUUAUUCCGUAGCAGCGACCGGCACGUUCUACAUCGGUAGCGCAUUCGUUUCCUUCGAAAACCAGCAGUACCGUGAACUGUUCACGGAAAAUGUUCCUUUGGGGAAGGAACUCGUCGAGUAUGGCGAGGCGCACAAGUGGGAUGAGAUCACCAUUGAACAGGUUGUGGUAGCUACCGUGGACGCCUACAAGACUGUCUACAACUUUGUACAACGGCAGCUGGGUAACGCGCCAACCGAAGAAACAAUUGAAAAGACGGCCAAGUCGGCACUCAAGGAAUCUAAAGAGCGCGUAAAGGCUGCCGCGGCAACCCUCAAGACUGCCGUGAAGAAAGUAGAGGAAGAGAAGGUCCCGGAAGCAACUGCAAAAGCGGUAUCCAUUGCGCGACACCAUGGCGCACAGUUCGCUGAUGAAUUGGACGACCUGAUUCGCAAAGCAGAAGCAGCCCUUUCUGGGAAGCCCAUUGGCUCUCUUCAUGAGGUGACAACCACACCGGCUCAACCCGGGUCCUCUCCUCCAGAUACUAUCCCGCCACGCGACGACACCGACCUUAUAAUCGUGUCAGACAAGAAUUCUGAUAAUGUCAUUGUUUAUUCUGCACUGCUCCCUAUUGGCUUCGAGCCACCACCCGGUUAUGAGCGGCCCGCACCCCCAAAGCCUACCCCGAAGGCCGCUGCGGAGCCUACUCCCGUGCCCCUGCCUCUUGUUGCGCCUGCCGUGUCUGAGGUUGCCGUAUCUGAGCCUGUAAUCACCCAGCUUGCAUCCACAAUUGACAAUCUCGCCUCUUUCCUUGCUUCCAACCCUGCUGCCUCCGAAAAAGCCAAGGAUGUCCUUGAGGUCGCCAAAGGUGACCUCACUGGCCUUGCGGCACGUAUCGAGAAGAUAAAGGAGGAUGAGAAGUUGCAGCUAGAGAUGAAACUCGACGAACAAGCACGGGAGUAUACCACAAAGCUUCUCGAGCUUGAGCUCGAGGCACAGGAUAAACUGGAUUCGCAACAAGAGGGCUUCAGGACAUUCUACGAUGAGGAGCGUGCCAGGUUCUCGCAGGUUUACCGCGAGAAGCUGGAUCAGGAAUUACGCACCCAAACAGAACUUAUCAAUGAGCGAUUGAAGGAGGAAGUUAUUGCACAGGGUAUAGAGAUGCAGAGGCGAUGGAUCCGUGAGGUCAAGGUCCGCGUUGAGCAAGAACGCGGGGGUCGUCUCGCCAAGCUUGACGAGCUCGCGACAAAUCUCAAGCGCCUUGAACGUCUCGCGCUCGACAAUUCUUCCUACCUUGAUGAGAAUAUUCGUGUGCACAGUAUGUGGACUGCCCUCCGUGCCAUGCAAAGCGCCGUCGACGCGUCUACACGCAAGCCAUUCCGUGAAGAGCUCCGUGUGCUCCGACACAUCGCAGUUGCCAAGGAAGACGCAAUCAUCGCUGCAGCAUUGGACUCCCUGGAACAGAGCGACAUGCCUGACAUCGGUGUUGAGCCGUUUGCAGACCUCGCAUCCUGGUUUACUACCUCUGUGCGGCCGCGCGUCUCGAGCGUUGCUUUGGUCCCAGAUCAGAAUGCGGGUGUACUCACGCAUAUGGCAUCGCACUUCCUUUCUUCGUUUAGGUUCCAGCGGCAUGGGCUCGUGCCUGGGUCGGAUGUGCUGAGUGUAUUGUCGAGAGCGGAGUAUUACAUGAACGAGAAGGAUCUCGACAAUGCUGCAAGAGAGCUGAAUCAACUGAAAGGAACUGCAAGGGAGCUCCUCCACGAUUGGCUGGAAGCUUCACGGAGAAGGCUGGAGGUUCUGCAGGCUCUUGAGGUAAUACAAUCACAAGCAACACUCGCAUCACUGCUUGUCGUAUAGAUUUGGAUGCUAGCAAUAUAUAGACCACUGCAUGAUAUAUCCCACCCACGUGGUGCCAUCC